GAAAGAUUUUAACAAAGGUUAGAGAGACUGGUAAGCAGUACUACCAAGACUUCAAAGUUUGUUUGAUGGAAACAAAACAAUACAUGUGUCUUGCUAAAGUAGAGAAAGUUCAGAGUGAGGUUCUUGCAAUGAUGGAAAUGUGUUCCAUUGAACGUGUUCCUGAACGCUCGCGUCAUAAUAGUGCACACCAUGGUAGUUUACCAGAUCUAUGUAGUGUAUCAGACAAGGAAAUGCCGAAGUCAGAAUUUUUGGAAACAAAAACUGAUGAUAAUUCUGACAUAAUAUAUAAAAGAGCUUCAGGGGAUAUUCUGGAGGAGGAAACAUUUGUUGGUUUAGAAAGCACCAGUCCAGUUUUUCCAGAACUCGAAAAGAAUCCCACAGGAAAUACUCCCAUGGUUCCAACAGAUGACACGCAAGCACCCCAAAAGAGUAAAAGGAGACCAACUUUUGUGCCGCCAGUGGAAGAGACAGUGGAAGAAAUGGCUCAAAAACGUUUGAUAGAGCUUUCAGACAUUUUAAAAGUUGAUAGUAGAGGGAAAAUGAUAAAGUCAGGCGAAAUGUAUGAAAAGUUUCAAGAAAAGUGUAAACAGAUCAAGAGACAGCUUCCUGGUCUUACUGCUGAGUUAUUGCUUCAAGAACAACAUUCUACCAAUCCAUUGGUUCUAGAGUACUAUCAGAACACACCAGAAGGAUUUCAGGCAUACAAGUCAAGUGGGAAAGACAACUCAUGUUUGUAUCAGAGUGUUGCCUUACUGUUGGUUGGAUCAGAAAAGCUGCAAUUUAGUCUUAGAUUAUUGGCCACUCUCCAUGCUGUUGAAUCUUUCAGAUUGUAUAAGAAACAGCUUUUGGAGAUGCAUUUGGAAAAUCUGAAGUUAUUCUUCAGCCGUCAUAUAAAUGACAGUACACUAGAGGAAAUCAGCAGUAUGGAUGAUGUUGAAUCUGUUACUGACAUGUGCUUACAAAUACUUAUCAUGGAAACAGCAUGCCUUGGCAUUGAUAGUAGUGUGUUACAUGUUGGAUUUUUAAGUGGAGCCCUUGGAAUGAACAUACAUCAACACUUUCAGCAGUAUUCAGAAUAUGGAAAUGUUUUAGAAACUGUGCCUUGGGAAAAAAUUAUACAGGACCUACAGGUUAAUUCCGACUUGCCAGAUUUACAUAUAUUUUGGGUAAACGAUAACAAAAUUGAAAAUGGUAUUAUGAACUAUAUUGUUCCAUUGAAACAAAAGGACAUCAGCUCAAGUUAGUCAUAAUGUACUGGAACUAGUAAUUUAGAACAAUUUCAAUGUACUGGACUAUACAUAGGUUGAUGAAGAUGGAAAUAUUUUGGCAUUAGGAGGUAACAAUCGGUUGUUUGGAGGUUUAGAUGUGGCCGUAGCUUGACUCGUAGAGAAGGUAAUAUUGCAGUAGGAUUUUACAAUGAAAACUAGCAAGAAGUCUGAACAUUUCCAAAAAUCAGGAAGUUCCAGCUUCUCCUUUCAGAAUAGGUAUGAAGCCAGUUACUAAACACAAUGAAACGUUUAUGAAAAGGUGAUCAACAGUAACAGACAUUCAAAGCAGAUAAUAUUAUUUUCCUCAGUAAUCUGCUGCCAUUAUUGAUAAACAAAAAAGUGUUCAGUGGUGAUGUGGAAAUUUCUUCUUGUAUCAAGAACUGGUGAGCUGCAUUAACUUAACUUUGUUGUUAUACAUAGCUGUAUUUAAUGCAGCCUUUCUAAGUGUAUAUGUUGAAAAAGGCAUUCUAGAGUCAUGUGAUGGCUUCAGAACAAAGUGCUCAUACUUAAAUACCUGUGAUAAUUACAUGUAACACACUGUGAUCUCUUGUUGUUGUAUCCACACCAGUCAUUUCAUUUACAGAUUAAGAAAUCUAUUUUUAAAUGCCCCAUGUGUUGAAGACUUUUCAAACUGUCCUUCACAUUAACUUGUAUGCUCAACCCUUCCUAUAUUUUCUGUCAAAUUCAAAUUCAACAACAUCAAAUUCAAAUUCAACAACCUUUAUUA